AGCAUCACCAACUUUUUCUUUCGGGGUCUCUCUCCUCCACAAUCUUCAGCGAACGAAGCUCACCAAACCCAACCAGGAACACCACCUCCAACCUCAACAUGGACUACGACAACCCCUCCACCGCCACGAGAAACAUCAUCCGCAAUCCGCGCCGGCUUCUCAUCCUGUCGCCCAGCUCGCAUUCCACGACCAUCAUCCCCCCUCUCCUCCACACUCUCACCGGCGCACCGGUCACCGAGCCACCAUGCACAUCUACAACAGCCCUCUCCUCAACCACAACCCUCGUCGCCUCCUCCGCCGCCUCAACCGUCACCGCAGCCUCAUCAACACCCGCCCCGCCGACGACGACCACCAGUUUCGCCGGCUACACCACCCACCCGCCUCUCCCCAUCCAGAACCGCUACUACACAGCCGACAUCCCCAUCUGGGUUGACGAGAUCCCCCUCUCAUCAGCAGCAGUGCCAUCGCCACCAUCACCAUCCACAACCCCCUCCCCCGCGCAAUGGAAGACGGAAUUCUCUGGCCCCGACGCCCAAGUCGUCCGCGACGCCGUCGGCGCAGUGAUGAUCUGCGUCCGCAAUCCGGUGGACCAUCGGCAUCACCAUCACCAUCACCAUGACCCUUCAUCAUUUCUGCCGGGUUCGGCAUCAACCCUGGGGACUACUACGAUUCCCACCACCGCCUCCGAGUCCGAAGCGGCAGAAGAUCGGGCGGAUGUACGCGGAUUGAAGGAGUUCAUCCACGCUAUCGGGGAGGUGCGGGGCUUGAUUGAGGAGGAGAGGGGGGGCAUGGGUGUUGGGGAGGUGCCCGGGUUGUUGGUUUUGGUGGAUGCUUCAUCAUCGUCAUUUCCUGCUGGCGCUGGCGCUGCGAAGGAGAAGAUGAGGGGUAAUGGUGGUGGUGGUGGUGAGGUGCAUGGACUCGAUGGUGAGCUGGAUGAUCAUCUUGAUGUUGAGAUCGAUGAGCCGUUCUCCGUGGACUGGUGGGAGGAUCAAUUGUGUGAGAUGGGGUUGAUGGGGUGGGAGGUUGUGCGGUGGUGCCCCAGGGGGAGUGGGGAGGAGGAUGAGGAUGCGGGGAGGAAUCGAUAUGGAGAACUGCAAGGCAUGCGUCGGGUUAAGGAGGUGUUGGAAACGCAUGACUGGAGUGCCGCGGAGGAGGAGACCGAGGGGUUGGCGAUGGGACUCGGUAAUGACGGCGACGGCGACGACGAGGACGACCUGGAGACACAGCUACUCGGGCUGGACGACGAGGACGACGGGGCGGCCGGGUUCGAUUCCGAGGUGAAUGAGUUGGAGCGCGAGAUGGUCGGUCUGCGCAUGGCGAUCGAGCGCGGCAGCGACGAUUACUUCGUCGAGGAGGAUGAGGCGGACGAGGAGCUGCGGGUGGAUGCGGUGGAGGCGCUGCUGCUGCGGAUGCGAGCGAUCAAAGAUAUGAGCGACGGGUUACCCAAAACGGAACGGAAGCGAUUCGCUGCCAAAGCGGUGCGCGAUAUCAUGAAGGACUUAUAGCACAUACACCAUACUCCGUAUAUAUGAUAUGAUAUGGCAUGGCAUGAGAGGAUGUGGUCAAAGUUUCCUACAUAUACAGUACUGUACAUAUGAUAUCUAUUCAUG